AAUAUUAAUAUUCAAAAUUAGUCAGUUCCUUUAGUAGUGAAGUGGAGUCGGGAAAGUGACAACUUCCUUUAAAAAAGUUCUGCAUAAAAAACAACAUUCAGUGUUACGAUGUUACCGACGUUCUUUGGUUUGAUUUUCGUGCUUCUUUAUGGACCUCGACAGUGUUCGGCCGUCAACGAUUUCUCAAGCUCCAACUAUUUUUGCAAGAAGUUUCAUCGGCAGCAGGUCAUAGACGAUUCACAACUGGAAGGCAUAUGGUACGUCAUGGAGAAAAUAAUCCACACGGAAGACCGAGAUUACCGCCUCAACCUGACCACUUGUCCGGUGCUUCAUAUUUCACGCGAUAACGUCGAAUCGACCACUUACAACCCGAUUUACAAAAACUACGAUACGACUUAUGGUGCCCAAUAUCCUCAUAGAUUGCCACAACAGGAACCUGAAAAUAUAAAUUUGAGAUCCAACCCGACUAAUCGGGAUUCCACUUUUACCAGUCAGCAAGAUUAUAAUAGACAACUGGAUGAUUUUGAUAGACGAACAACGUACGAUUACGAACGUAGAAGAGCCAUGCAAAACGUAUAUGCACAACUCUACGGAACUAAAUAUCUGAACCUUUAUCUUAGCGACGGUAGAGACACCGUUAUCCAUCACGUCAGGUAUAACAGCAGCGAACCCAGUUAUUGGAUCAUUUCCGGACCAGAAUAUGGUGUUCCAGAUAAUCUUCAGCACUUUAUCGGUAACAUGCAAGUAUUAAAAGUAGUGGGCAGUCACAUGGUGCUAACGGUUUGCAAGCAUUUAAAGGAAGUGAAACAACUGUAUUCCCUGGUGCUAUCCAGGGAGAAUUUCUUGUCAUCGCAGGACGUUAGUGGGGUACACCGGAUGCUUAUAAGUCAAGCCUUGAGGACGAAUUAUGUGGAAAAAACGUGCAGCGGGGCACUAGUCAGUAGAUUCAAUUGGUGGUUGGGAUGUUGUUCGGUUUUAGUUUUUUACUUAAUUAAGUUGUAAAUUGUUUAUGUUUUUAAUUAUUAGCAAGAAAUAUAUGACUUGUUUUGUAAUUUUU